CAUCACCAGGCGCCGCGGGCCGGGGCCGGAGGGCGGCGGGGGGCUCGACCGGCAGGCUACGACAAGUGGGAGCACUGCAAUUACUUUCAAUAUUGUAAUAUUGAUCAAAAUUAUUUUUGGCACAGGAAGACUGAAUGUCCUUGCUCUUUAUGGAGACAUCAUAUGUAAGAAACGUUUAAGGCUUUGUAAAACUGUUGCCCAAUACACUGGAACAUGGAGACACAGCUAGACCCCAUGAAGGAUGACUUGCCCUUAAUGGCCAACACUAGCCACAUGCUUGUAAAGCACUAUAUAUUGGACUUAAAUGUGGAUUUUAAAAGUAAAGUUAUUGAAGGCAUCAUAGUUUUAUUCUUUGAGACUGGGAGCCGGUACAAGAAAACCAGCAGUACUGGCCAAGAAGGGUGCCAGUUGCAGUGUGAUGAAACCUGUAAAAUAAGGGCAUCUGAACCCUGCCAUGUUCCUGGGACAAAUGUGAGUGCCUGCUCAUCCAAAACAGAGUGUAAUGAUUUUACUGUCUGUGGUAAAGGCGAAGAAGAUACUUCUGAUAAAAAUGGUAACCGUAGCAACAAGGAACAGGCUUCUGGGAUUUCUAAUUCAAAGAACUGCUGUGGCAUAGAGAAUCAUGGGAAUAAGGAUUUUCUGCUGGUAUUGGACUGCUGUGAUUUGUCUGUGCUAAAGGUUGAGGAGGUAGAUGUUGCUGCAGUGUCAGGCAUUGAAAAAUUCACAAAGUCUGCCAAGCUAACUGGUGUUUCAAAGGAGCUGGAAAAUCUCAGGAAUCAAAUUGUACAUGAACUUGUGACUUUACCUGCUGAUCGCUGGAAGGAACAGCUACACUAUUUUACUUGCUGCAGCCAGGCGCCUGGCUGUGGAGAGCUUCUGUUUACUACUGGCACUUGGAGCUUGGAGAUAAGGAAAUCAGGAAUUCAGACUCCAGCAGACUUUCCCCAUGCAAUAAGAAUAUGGUACAAAACCAAACCAGAGGGAAGAUCUGUUACAUGGACUACGGACCAGAGUGGCAGGCCAUGUGUCUAUACGAUGGGAUCGCCAAUAAACAACAGAGCCCUUUUCCCAUGCCAAGAGCCACCCGUUGCCUUGUCAACAUGGCAAGCCUCAGUCAGAACAGCUGCAGGCUUUGUUGUGUUAAUGAGUGGUGAAAACUCAGCAGAACCAGUCCAGCUUCAGGAAGGUAUCUUGAGCUGGUACUACUAUGUGACCAUGCCAAUGCCCGCAUCCACCUUCACUAUUGCUGUGGGGUGCUGGCAGGAAGUUAAACAGCAGUCCUUCACAGCUACUGCCCAGACAAACACUGCGUUUUCCUUGGUGUCUUCACAAGAUGAUUUCAGAUGGCAUGAAGAAAUCUGUCGUCAUGUGGAGUAUCCCUGCCGUUUCCAAAAUCCUGCUGCCAGGUUGCAGGCAGUCAUUCCGUACAGAGUCUUUGCUCCCUGGUGCCUUAUGGAACGUUGCAAAGAACGUUUGCUUCAGCUAAUUCCUCAGUGCCUCUCAGCAGCUUACAUCACACUGGGCACCCACCCCUUUUCCAGGCUUGAUGUUUUGAUCGUUCCUUCCAACUUCUCCAGCCUGGGAAUGGCUAGCCCACACAUCAUCUUCCUGUCACAGAGUGUACUACCAGGAGGGAGCCAUCUCUGUGGAACACGUCUGUGCCAUGAAAUUGCUCAUGCUUGGUUUGGACUGGCCAUUGGGGCUCGUGAUUGGACUGAAGAGUGGUUAAGUGAAGGAUUUGCCACUUUUUUAGAAGAUAUAUUUUGGGCUAGGGCACAACAGCUGUCACAUGAUGAAGUAAAAGGGCAGCAGGAACUGAAAGCUUUGCUUCGCUGGCGCCGACUCAGAGAUGAGGUGCAGAACUCUGAAGAAGAGCUGCAAGUUUUAAGGCCCAAAAAGGAAAACACAGGAGAGUUGAGUGAGUCUGGAGCAUCCGUUGUCAAACAUGGUCUUAAAGCAGAAAAAAUCUUCAUGCAGGUUCACUAUUUGAAGGGUUAUUUCCUUUUGCGGUCUCUAGCAAGGAUAAUAGGAGAGGCUCCAUACCUUGCAUCUUUGCGAAAGUUUGUCCAUAAGUUCCACGGGCAGCUUGUCCUUUCUCAGGAUUUUCUUUGCAUGCUGUUGGAAGACAUCCCUGAACAAAAACAAUCUGGGUUAACUGUAGAAAGUAUCUUCCAGAAUUGGCUUGACACUUCAGGAAUACCAAAGCCUUUGCUGGAGGAGGGGGAGACGUGGAAGGAGUGUCAGCUCGUCCGGCAAGUGAGCGGCGAGGUCACCAAAUGGAUUCAGACAAACCAGAGGAUCAGAAAAAGCAGCAAAAAGAAAAGAAAGCAGGAUGAAGUCGUUUUCCAAAAGGAAGCCCUAUUUGUAAUACAAGAUGGAUGACUUUGCUAUACUGAGACACCGCCAAAUCAAAGCAACUGCUUCUGCAUCCAAGUACAAAAUCUAGGACAGAGAGAUAACUCUGUAUGGAAUAAGUCAAACAGAAUUGUGGAGGAAAGGUUGCUGACAACUGCCGGGGAAUUGCUUCUUGAAAAAAGUUGCCUUCUAAACAGUUAAGUUUGUAGGAGCUGACUCUGCAUAUGCGUUUAUGUAUUUAAAGAACAUUUGAAGAUGCCAUGUGCUGGAUAAGAACUCUGUAACGGGUAGCGUUAACUGCACUCAGGGGAACCAGUGGGGAAGCUGGUGUAGAAAGGUGUGGACCCACACAUGACGGAUUACAGCCGUGUAACAAAUUCCAUGGGUGAGAAAGAUUUCCUACUCAGGUAACUAGAGGGGUCUUGUGUUUUGGUCUUCUCUCUCUUAGUUUUUUUUUUUCUUUUUCUUUGAGCUUUAUUUUUCCUUUCAAACCAUUUUCCUGCUCUGAAGUAUUUUUUUUCACAGCAGCUUUUGUUACAAUCUUUCCUGCUUCUUUUGCAAACCUCUUUAUUCUCCUUCGUCUCCUUUGGUCACCUUCACUACCAUUCAUUACUUUCUGUUUACUUUCAGUCACUUGUUAUGUGUCAUAAGUUAUCUUUUGCUUGCUUUGUUUUCUGUUCAUAGUACUUUGUAGGUACUCUACUUAGGUGCACAUACACAAGUUUAAACCCACUCACCCCUUGCAUUUCUGCUUUUGUCAUCCUUCCUAUUCCCAUACAUUCUUUACUCGUUUAAUCUUGCACUGUCUCUUCACUUUGUCAUUUAGCUGGUCAGCACAUCUGGCAAUUGCUAUGUGUAUCAAUGCAGAAGUUUAUUUAUGUGAGAAGAUUAGAGAAGGUAGAACAGAGCUUGGAAAGAAUUGAUUGGUUAAAAUUAGUUAGUUUUUAUUGUGAAGACUGUGAUAGAAAUUCUAAGUGUUAUUAUUUUUGUUGGUAUACUGGACUGUGCCUGCUUGGAAAAAAAUUUCAUUAUCCAUGUCAGUGCUGAGAUUUAGGCAGAAGAAAACAAUCUUUAAAUCAGACUAGUGGAAUUGUAAGCACAUGAUCCGUAUGCACGGUGGAAUUUGAGGGGAAACAUAUCUUUUUAUUAGGACACUAAUUCACUUUUACAUGGAGUUCAGCGUUAAAACAUAAAAACUGCUUUGAAUGUACUCCAGUGGUAGAAAAAGUGUCAUAAGACGAGACAGCCAGGGAACAGAGUAGUUAGGGAAAAUGUCUGCGUGUGUGUGUGUAUAUAUACAGAUACUGGGUAAGGAAGAUGCUUUGUGCAAAUAAUUAUCAAAAUUGCAUUUAUCUGUUUCAGUUUUAGUUUGAUUCUAUACUGAAACUCUGAGGACAAAUUCAACUUCCCCAGAAUAAUUUUUGCUGCUUACACAGAAAUACUGUUUUCAUGUGUUUAAAGUUUUUCUGGUAGUUUACUAAAAAUUGAGUUGUCUUUGAUUUUUUCCUAUUGGUUGUUGCUAAUGAACAUUCAUCUCACUCCAGAGAUUUGCAAUUGUCAGUAUUUAAGCUCUAUUUAUAACCUGAGCAGAAAUGAUUGUUGAAAUAGCUGUUACGUUUCUAAUAAAUAAAAUAAAAACCAAAA